AUGAUUCCAAUCGCAACCGCCACCGUGGCAUACUCACAGACGUUCGGCGCAGCCCUGUUCAUCAGCCUUAGCCAAAUCACCUUUCUCACCUUGCUUCGCCCAGCGUUGCGCACUCAUGCACCCAAUAUAAAUGCACAAGAUGUCAUUAACACCAGUGCAACGAAUUCCCUCGCCAAGCUCUCAGCUGGGGCUAACAAUGCCGAUACAAGAAGUGGUGUGCUUCUAGCGUACAACCAGGCGGUUACAAGGACAUUCUACCUCGCUGUGAUAUGUGGAGUUUGUGCCUUUGUGACGAGUUUGGGACUGGGGAAGACAAAGGCAGAAACGAAGAAAGAGAAGAAGAAUAACGAUGCCGAGAAUCGGAUUGAGAACGAGGAGAAAGACGAGAGUCGGAGCGGCCUGGAGGGAAGUGAGAGAAGCAAGAACGAAACAGGGCCACACGGCGACAGCGUCAACAGUUCGCCGCAGCCGAGCCGUAUGGCAUCGUGA